AGUUGCAAUAUUUUGAUUUGAUGGCGAUAUAAAUAUUAUAUUUUAUUUUCGCUUUUUUAAUGUAAAUCUUGAAUUAAAAAUGAGUUUGCCGUUUGUGAGUGUGCUUGGGGAGGCGCAGUAUGAAGAAAUAAGGGCGUGUCGGGGGUGUUUAGCUACAGGAGGUGACUUACACAGUCUUCAUGGGAGUAGUUUAUCUCAAAUAUUUUCAGAAUUUACCACAAUGCCCGUGAAGCCGUCAGACGGGUAUCCUCAGUUCCUAUGCAGCUGGUGUCGGCACCUGGUACGCAAGUUCUUCAACUUCCGCAAGAGGUGUCACAUCACCACGUGGACGCUGCAACAGAUGAUAAGCAAUAGGGAAAUUAUAACAGAGGACAAAUUGAAUUCUAUAGACAGAACACAUCUGAAACUAAACUUUAUGCCUAGUGAAACAUACAUUACAUCUUACUUACCUAACGAAAUAGACAAUAAUAUUGUAAAUAAUGUAACCAAUGCAGAUACAAAUAUAGGCAACGAUUCUAAAGGUAUCAAAAGAGCUUUCGAAGCAACUUUCGAGGAAGACGAUCUCAACAAUGAAGAAACAUUCGAAGAAAUAGACGAAAAGAUAAGUUCUGAAAAAGAAGAAAAUAUAUCACAAGAUAUCAAAGAAGAGAUAGAAGCGCCAAUAGAAGAUGAUAGGAAAAUAAACAAAAGAACAACAAGGAAAAGAAAGGCAAAGAAAGAUAUAACGGAAAUCAUUAUAGAUAAAAGUGAGAGUGACAAGAUACCAAGGAAAAAGAAGCGGAAAGGUAAAGAAGUAAAAAAGAGAAGUACAAAAAAAACAAAGGAAAUAGCAGAAAAGGAUUUAAUAGUUAAAGAUGAAAUCGACGUUGAUACAGAUGAGAAUUUAAAAAAUGCUAAAUUGUUUUAUAAUCAUCAUCCGUCUAAGGAACCAACGAAUGAAGAACUCAAAAAGAGAUUGGAGAUGAUUGAGAGAUUCUCAAAGAACUACAAUGUGGCGAUACGGUUUCUGAGCAAAGAGGAGCAGAGGAGGGAGUUGGAGGAGAGGAAGAACUACUACAAGAACCUGCCGUUCACCUGUGAUGUCUGCUACAGGGGAUACUCCUUCGAAGCAGCAUACAGGACCCACAUGACAGUGCAUGACCCUGCUACCGGAGACUUCGUGUGUGAAAUAUGCGGAAUUCGCUCAAAGACACACAGAGACCGCGAGAAGCAUGUUAACGCGACACAUUUGAAACGAUUUACAUGUAAACAAUGUGGAAUUGUCACCAAGAGCCAGUCAUACGCGAAGGCUCACUUCGCUCGGCACAGAGGCGCUACCUACAGCUGUGAUCAAUGUGGGAAGACAUUUGGCCACCAAACGAACUACCUGGGUCACAUGCGUUCAGCGCACGAGACACGGGCCACGCGAUGCGCCGUGUGCGGAGACGCACUACUUGGCCGGCUCGGGCUGAGCGUGCAUAUGGGCAUUGUGCAUAAACAGGCGACGAGUUGUCCAUCUUGUGACACGUUGUUCCACAACGCCGAGUGUCUCCAUAAACAUCUGGAGUGUGCCACCAGCGUGUGCCCGCCGGGGGUCAGGCCGUGUCCAAUGUGUGGCACCAACUUUUCAUCCGAGAAACUAAUGAAGAAACAUUAUGAUGAAGAACAUAACAAAGAGUUUAAAUGUGAACUGUGUAACAAGACCCUGUCAACGAAGCUGAAGUAUUCCACCCACAUGCACGAACACAAGAAGACGGAGACCAGCACGACCAGUGGGCUGAUCUGCGAGAUAUGUGGAAAGGGCAAGUUCAAGAACCUGACGCAGCUCCGCACUCACCAGCGCGUCCACACCGGGGAGAAACCGUACAAGUGCAGCCUGUGUCCCAAGACAUUCCGGGUUACCACGCUGCUCAAGAGUCACAUGGUGAUUCAUACCGACGAGAGACGGUACAAGUGUCCCCAGUGCCCCAAAGCCUUCCACCAGAACGCGCACAGAACUGCGCACUUAUUGACCCACACGAAGCAACGGCCGUACGCGUGUUACGCGUGUCCCAAACGGUACACGAGCGCCACCGCGGCCAAGGAACACGCGGACACCGUACACAGGGGGCUGCCGGCGAGACGACGUGACAAGAAGGAUAGCUGAAGUGUACCCUAGCUAUAGGAUUGAUAAGUGUUUCGUUGCGCGGGUGUGGCGUUGCGCGGGUGUGGCGUUGCGCGGGUGUGGCGUUGCGCGGGUGUGGCGUUGCGCGGGUGUGGCGUUGCGCGGGUGUGGCGUUGCGCGGGUGUGGCGUUGCGCGGGUGUGGCGUUGCGCGAGUGUGGCGUUGCGCGAGUGUGGCGUUGCGCGAGUGUGGCGUUGCGCGGGUGUGACGUUGCGCGAGUGUGACGUUGCGCGGGUGCGACGUUGUUCGUCGAAAUAAAGAUCUGAUUAAACGUAAAUGUUGAUAUGUAGGCUUAUUAGAUUGUCAAGAUAAAGAUUUGUGAGAUAGAAGAUUACAGGAAUGCUACUGAGUUAUUAAUGUAAAAUUCUGAGGAUGAUUCAGAGUUAAUAUCAAAUUGAAUUUUCCAUCGCAAGUAAGGACCGAGUGGUGUAAUGGUUAAAACGCUCGUCUUGGCUUGACAAGAGUGGCGGGUUCAAGUCCCGUCCGAGCCAGAUUUGUUUCGAUUCCAUUUUCUCUUUUGAGUUUCCAACCUCGUAAGAGUUCACGGGUGAGUACUAUAGAAACAUAAAUCAUCUCCAAGCAGCCUUAGGGGUAUAGGAGAUAGUAAACUUACAGGAAUGAUGAGUAAGCUUCAGUACGAUCUACUCUGAACCGGCGUGCGUGUGUGAAACGAUUGAUGAAUGUGGAGGAAGCAAGAGAAGUCUCUGCUUACCCCGGUGGAAAAUAGGCGUGAUAUGUAAGCCGGAUUCUAUCUAGGCAUCUAAACUUAUUCAAAUUGUGCAAUAGAUGUAAACAUAAGCUCACUAUAUCCCAAUUGGGGUAGUCGUAGGUACAUCCAUCGCAAGGUGAAGUAAGUACCCACACCUCAACUUCUGUUAGACCAACGUGAUAGGCGAUGAGAAGUUGGAAGAAAAAUCUAGUCGAAAAUGUUUGGUUUUUAAAUAAAACUGCAAACUGUAAUUAUGAA